AUGAUGGAAUCUUUUCUGUUUCUUUCUCACAAGUUUCUAAUUACACCAGCUCGAGAAUUAUYCAAGAAGGUGAUCCUACUCAACUGUGGAAACAACGACGAUAGAGUAAAAGUGGAGAUGCAACCUGAAAUCUUCCCUGAAUGGAUUGAGUUGACUCAAGAAUGUCUUAUCGWCAUCUUCUCAAGGCUGAGCAUGGAACAAAGAUGGACCGGACCGAUGUUUUUCUGCAGGACGUGGAUGAGCACGUGCCAAGACUCGUCGCUUAAUUCGGUCUUCGAUCUAGAAACUCGGUUUUUGUCUUUUUCCGGUUCGAGCAACUGGUGGAGUCCUGAGUUUGGGGAAAAGGUCGACACAAUCCUCCAUUCUGUUGUCGACCGGAGCCAAGGCGGUCUCAAAGAGGUUCGAGUCAUGCAUUGUACGAAUCAAUCUAUCUCGUACGUUGCGGAGAGGUGCCCUAAACAGAUCUUUUAUCAUUCAAUGUGGAGAAACGAAGUUCCAAGUGUUUCAGCUGCUGCAUGUGUUUCCCAAUUACAUGAGCUUCAAUGUUCCCUAAAGUCAUGA